AUGGCAUGCAUACACUCAACGGUCUCAACACAUCAAGCAAGGCUUCUCAUCGAUCAAGGAUCUGAGCUCACAUUCAUCACGGAGGAUCUCGUCAGACAACUCAAUAUACAACGUCGACACGCAACUGUCUCAAUCAUUGGCAUUGGAGCCAGGAAAACGACUAGGACCAAGGGCGUGGUGACGCUCACGCUUCACUCCUAUCAUUCUAAGCACACUGCCAUUGUUCACGCCCACGUCCUCAAAACACUAACGACCAUUCUACCAUCUUUUACAGCACCUCAACAAACGUGGCCACACAUAGAACCUCUGACAUUGGCAGACCCACAGUUCCUCACGCCACGCUCAAUCGACAUCAUCAUUGGAGCGGAUGCAUACGGGCAGAUUAUCAAGCCUAACAUCAUUAAACGAUCUCCUGACAUGCCAAUCGCUCAACUCUCAAUAUUUGGUUGGCUAGUGCUUGGUCCAGUCAGCUCGUCACCAUUACAAAUGUCGACUGCACAUCACAUCAAGGUUAACCAGUACGAUCUCGAUCUUCAAGAAUUGCUGACAAGGUUCUGGGUGCAAGAAGAACUACCAACUGAUGCAGCAGACCAGCUCACCUUGGAAGAACAACAAUGUGAAGAUCAUUACAAGGCCACACACUCUAGAGAUCCAACGGGACGCUACAUUGUACGCAUCCCGCUCAAGCUGCCAACCAGUUUCUUAGGGAAUUCACACAAUACUGCUCACCAUUGUCUCCAGCGCAUUCUCAGACGACUCAACAAGGAUAAGGAAUAUCAGAGCCUCUACAUCAAAUUCAUGACCGAGUAUGAACAACUCAAGCACAUGGUGAAAGUUGGAUCACAACCAUCCGAUGUUCCGCCAUAUUAUUUGCCUCACCAUGGUGUGCUCAAACCCGACAGUACAACAACAAAACUGCGGGUUGUCUUUAAUGGCUCAAGUUCGACCUCAUCAGGAUUAUCUGUAAACGAUCUCAUGCACACUGGUGCCAAUCUAUUGCUCAAUGUUUCAGACGUUCUCUUGUGGAUUCGUAGUUACAGGUACAUCUUUGCCACAGACAUAACAAAGAUGUAUCGACAAAUCAAGGUACACCACUCAGACUGGGAUCUGCAGCGCAUUCUGUGGAUCGACGAACAUCACAACGAAACAUCAUAUCAUCUCACCACGGUCACUUAUGGAACGAAGGCUGCUCCAUUUCUCGCAGUGAGGACACUCAUGCAACUAGCAGAAGAUGAAGGCUAUCGAUUUCCACUGGCAGUACCAUCAAUCACUCGCGGGAGGUACGUGGAUGACAUCUUUGGUGGUGGUGACACAGGAGAACAGCUCAUAGAAAUUGCCCAUCAAUUAGAAGAUCUCUGCCAGGCGGGCGGAUUUCCUCUUGCCAAAUGGCACUCCAAUCAUCCAGAAUUGUUAAACGCCAUCUCAUUGACAGUCUCGAUCAACUCACCAGUCUCACUUGACGAUUGCGCAACCAAAAUCCUCGGAUUAAAGUGGCUGCCUCAAGAAGAU